AUGGAGGAUGCAUUGAAAACAUCGACAGUUGGGCUACGGCGUUUGUUUUACAUGGUAACACCGAAUGAAACAUCGUUCAAAGAUGUGGAAGAUGUUCCUAAAUAUAUCGACGAGGCACUUCCUGUAUUCAUAUUACUGGUAAUGAUCGAGAUCCCGAUACUCUUCGUUCAAGGGAAGCCACUUCCGAGAUUCAAUGAUACUUUCAGUUCUUUGGCAGCAGGAAUUAUCUCAGAAUUUCACAAUUUGCUGUUUCGAGGUACUAACUUAGCAACCUAUAUCUGGGUGUACGAGCGUUGGAACAUCAUAUCCCUACCCUGGGACAGUCCAUGGACUUGGUUAUUUGGUCUGGUGUUCGUGGAUUUUGGAUACUACUGGGUACACAGAACAGGGCAUGAGAUGAACAUCAUGUGGGCAGGACACCAGACUCAUCACAGCUCUGAAGAUUACAACCUGAGUACUGCACUACGACAAUCCGCCAUUCACAGAUACUUUAAUUGGAUGUUCUACCUGCCACUGGCUUUGUUCAUGCCUCCCUCAGUCUUUCUUGUCCACCUCCAGUUCAACCUACUUUACCAGUUUUGGAUCCACACAGAGACUGUGAGAAGUGUGGGUCCUUUGGAGUGGAUACUGAACACACCAAGUCACCAUCGUGUCCAUCACGGUCGGAACCCUUAUUGUAUUGACAAGAACUAUGCAGGCGUCUUCAUUGUAUUUGAUCGACUUUUCGGGACUUUCCAAGCGGAGGAGGAGAAGGUUAUUUAUGGACUGGUACAUCCACUUCAGACCUGGGAUCCUAUCAAUGCACAGAUCUGCCAUUUCAAGUACAUGAUACAAAAAGUUCAGGAAGAAAAGGGCUUCAGCAACAAGAUGGGAGUCAUUUUUAAAGGUCCAGGCUGGUCGCCAGGGAAACCAUGGACAGGUUUACCUGAGGAUAUUCCAGAGGUUAAGGAACCAGUGCAGAAGUACGACAAAGAUGUUCCAUUGUGGACUAACCUGUACAUAUUUUUUCACUUUGCACUUAUGAUCGUUGCAUCAGGAGUAGUGGCCAAAAUCGGAAAGGGUAUGUCGCCAAUUUCUGUCGUGGCCUUUAUCCUGUACAUGUUAUUCUCCCUGACAAGCUUCGGAGCUAUUUAUGAUAACAGGAGUUAUGCCCCUAUAAUGGAACUCUUUAGAUGUGGUGCGUUUCUUGUUGUGACGAAAUUCACCCUUCCAGUGACGUCAUCCAUGGUAACUCUUGGUUACGGCCUGAGUUUGAUUUAUGUUGCGUCUGCUGGUAUUUGGCUAUGUAUCAGUUUGAGACAAAAUCUGCUGGUGAGGAAAGUCAAGGCUUUAUAG